CUUCUUCAACUUGUCUCCCCAAUCCCGCGAACCCAGGUAUCCGAGUGCUACUGGGACUGGAGUCGUCUAACUGCCAGCUAAAGGGGCUGUACAUUCGCAGCCCAUCUUUCGAGGCUCCGACACAGACGCGCAUACGUACACACCCAGCCAAAUAACAAGUCAUUCCCGCCAUCACCUCUAGAGAUCUGUUGGCCUCGCAUUGCUUGUCAACCUUGGGCCUCCCUCGACGUUUUUCCGGUCCUACAGCAGUCCUCCCCGACUCUUGACGUCGCAGCCGGCCGUGCGGAACAUUCACCAUGGCCGCCUCAAACACUGGCAAGGCUGGAGUCAUCAAAGCCCCCGAUGGUGCUGGGAGCAUGGACCGUCUCGCUCACGCCGUGCUCGAUGACCUCCUUUAUAACAUCGUACACGACCUGUUAAUGAAGACCCACCGAGAUGAGAAGAUCGCCCGUGCCGCCACCGCUGCUAUUCGCGUCGAGAAACUGGCUGCCGAUACAUCUGAUUCAUCCACUCCCGACGCUCGACUGGAUGUGAAAGUCGAGACGGAUGCCGCGAUCUAUGACGAGGGAAAAGUCCUGCUGAAGGGCAAUCCGCUCCAGACAACCAAAGACAUCGUUUGCCCGAGAUGCCAUCUUCCGAGAUUGCUCUACCCGACGGACGGCAAAGGGGCGAGGAAACCCGAUCCAAGCAUAAUCUACUGCAAGAAACAUCCGUACAUAGACAAGCCCGGCUACGAUAUCUACGGGCAGACAUGGGUUGCGCAGGGUCCUGGAAGGGGCAAGAAGAAGAAGGAUAUCGAGAAGAAGCUAGAGCAAAGCUCGGAUGCACACACACCCACGCCCGAAGGAGCAGCCGGCGGAAGUGCUGCCUCGCGCCCCCCGAAUAUGCUCUCGUUUCCAUCGGCAACCUGCAGUAAAUGCAAGCGAUGCAUCUUGGUCACUCGGCUCAAUAAUCAUAUGGGUUCCUGUAUCGGGAACAGCGGGCGAAACGCCAGUCGCGCCGCUGCGCAGAAGAUUAGUAACGCAAACGGCAGCGUAGACGGAACCCCGCCUUCUAGCCAGAAAGGCACACCACAUCCGAGCUCGAGAGCUAGCAGCCCCAAGAAGAGAGAUGGGGACGAGAUGGACGAUGACGACGAAACCGACAAUGACACCCACAAGAAGAAGAAACUAAAGCCUACUGCGGCGAACGCAGCCAAUAAGAAGCUGAUUCUGAAACACAAGGGCGGCGCGGGCCCCAAGAAGGAGAAGGUGAAGACAGGUUCCUCGCUGAGCGUCGAACAGAAAGUGGACGACCGUGAUGCUGAAGGCUCCACGGUAGAAGUAGCACCCAAGAAGAAAAUCACUAAAAUCCCAAGCCCAGCAAAGAAGUUGAAGCUAGGUAUUUCUAAGCCCUUAUUGUCGUCCCCCAUAUCCAAAAGUAACGGAAAACCCUCACAUGGGAGUGGUGGUGGGCGAGAGGACGAUCGCGAGUCUGAGAGUUCGGGAACACUGUCCUCUCCUCCAGUUGUAUAGUUGAGACACCGAAAAUAGUCCAGCCUGCUAUUUCUCGCAGCAGAGCAAUGAUACCCCGCGACAAAAGGCCACAAUCGUGAAUCCGACAGAAAGAGAGCAGAGAGAAACCUCGCGCCCUCACAGCAUAUUGUACAACAUCCACCGCUUUGCAUUCAACCGGGGUUCUGGGCGGGCAUCUUCUACAUCUCAUGAGGAGGGGCAGAGACCGGAGUCUGCCCCCAUUACUAAACCUUGUAUCUUUAGAGCGACCUGCACAUACAUAUCAUAAUAGAGAACCCUAGAUAUCGGCCCCGACUCGGGGGUUGAUUUAUAUAGUGGACGCGUUACGAAAUGAAUU